CGAUAGCCACGUCGGCAAUCGCACAUUCACACUACGGCGUGAGUCGUCGCGAGACGACUUUCACCGCCCGCCCUAAUAAAAGGAAGCUCGUCACCUCCCCGACGCCUCACCUCUACAUACUCCGACUAUAUUUAUUUUCUAUCGGUGGAUUUUGAAAUGGAAAGAUGGGCGAAGGAUCGGUCACCCAACCGUCACCGGAGCCGGUCCUUCUCCGCAACGCUGCUCGCCGCCAUCGACCGGUCCAUCGAUGAGUCCGACGGAGGCGGAGAUCCCGACUCCUCCACCGCUCCGGCCUACCGAUCCACCGCGAAGCUGAAGCGCGAUCCGGCGAGCUUACCCGGUAGAUCCGACUGCGGCGGUCGCUCGUUCUCCUCUUCGUCCUACGAUCUGGAUUUGAUGGCGAUAAGGCCAAUCCGAACCACGGCCUCCCUUCCUCCUACGCCGCGGGGUACCUCGACGGCGGCGUCCCACAGGCAGGAGGCGAAGAAAUUGAUCUCGACCCAGAGUAAGGUUCCGAACUCGGGGCGACGGAAGGAGCCAUCAUCGCCAGGGGCACGCCUGGCCGGCUUCCUGAACUUCCUCUUCGCCGAUUCCGCCGCAGGGAAGCCGAGGAAGCCAAAAUCCAAGAGUGUAUCCGGCGACGGCGAAGCGUCGACUUGCUCCUGUGCGUCGUCGUCUUUCUCCCGGAGGUGCCAGGCCAAGACGUCGUCGACGGGGGGACAGCCGGCAUCAGUUGGCAUUACGCUGGACGUCCGGCGGAGAGGGUGCGAGGGCGAUAAAGCCUCAUGGGUGACGUCGGCGGAGGAGGCGAAGGGGAAGGGGAAAGUGAGAGAGGCGGUGCGGAAGAAGGUGGAGGAGCUCUUGAGGAGGGAAGCAAAGGAAGAGGAGGCGACGAGCGACUCGAGCUCUGAUCUGUUUGAGCUGGAGGAUCUGACGGUUCCCAGAGGAAGAGGCCACGACAAGGAGCGUACCAGAUGACUCAACUCAUCACUAAGCGCGCCAUUUCUUCUCCCGUAAUCAAUUAAUUAUUUUUACAAAUUUCAAAAGCAAGCAUCUGUGUUUUUUUUUCCUGCGAAUUAAUAAAACAUGCUAUGAUAUGAA